CUCUUUUUACAGGCAGCAAAUACAGCACUAUACCAACCAGCUUGCUAAAGAAACCAACAGGCAUCUUAAAGAGUUGGGCUCAGUCCCUUUGGCAUCAUCACCCUCAGAACAAAGGCAACAAAGGAUCCAAAGGGACCGGCUUAUGAAUGACUUUUCCGCAGCGCUCAACAACUUCCAAGCUGUCCAGCGACGUGCAGCAGAAAAAGAGAGGGAAUCAAUAGCAAGAGCAAGGGCUGGUUCCUGUCUAUCAAAUGAAGACCGUUUUCGGGAUGAAAAGCUUGUCUCCUUUGAUAACCAAGAGGACCUUGGUCCAAUAACCACCCAGACAGAAGAAAUGGCCAUUACAGAGGAAGAUCUGGAGCUCAUCAAGGAGAGAGAAACCAAUAUCAGACAGCUUGAGUCUGAUAUUAUGGACGUAAACCAGAUCUUUAAGGACUUGGCAGUUAUGAUUCAUGACCAGGGAGAGAUGAUUGACAGUAUUGAAGCUAAUGUGGAAAAUGCUGAAGUUCACGUAGAAAGAGGAGCAGAACAGCUCCAGAGAGCCGCGUACUACCAGCAAAAAUCCAGGAAGAAGAUGUGUAUUCUUGCCAUAGUGUGUUCCAUUAUGCUCAUCAUUCUUAUUGUUAUUAUUUAUGUAGCUUCCAAGUAAGCUGAUUUCAUUCAAGCAGUGUUUCAGUACUCUAUUUGGCACUGCAAAACCCCUUCCAUCCUGACUUCACUGACAACCAUUCACUUGGCAUUAUCAGAGCAAGAAAAUAUGUUCACUGUAAAAAUAUCUUCAAAGCUCAUCAAUAUGGAGGGCUCACCAAUUUAAAAAUGUAGUCAUCUUGAUCAUUAAAUCUGUUGAUUUGUAAAGUAGACGAUGAACCUACUUUAACGUUGUUGGGGAGGCUGUGGGGGACUAGAGUAAUGUUUGAGAGCAAUCCGCUAUAUUAAAUUCCUUCAUUUCCCUUACUUAUCUUACUUUAUUGCGCUAACACUAGCUGCUGUGUAUUUCAGAUGUACAAACAUUGUAAGGAAUAACUGAAUUGUCAAUAUUUUUUUUUAUUUUAUUUUAUGUGUUCUGUUCUGUUCUGUUUAUUUGUUGUUCCUUUUUGUAAGUUGAUGUUGUGGCAUCUUCUGACGUAGAUGAGAGCAGCCGGUCCCAUCUUGCUUUGACUCAUUAGCCUCAGAGGGACACAGUAGUAUUGGUUGUGAGGUGGUGUAUGCUGAAAAUGCUAAACACAAUUUUAGCAUGAAUAUUCCGUUCAGAAUAUGAAGGUCGAUGUAAACUCUGAAAUGGAAGAUUACUCUUUAUAUGACAUAUUUUAAGAUGAUUUCUAUACUCCUAACAGAAAGCAUAAUAAAUAUCUUAAGCACGAG